CAGGGCUGGGCAGCUCCGUGCCUCCCUCUGCCUUGACUGCUCACCACCACUCGCCUUCAACCAAAAGUCUUCUUCGGAUCAAAGCCUAGCGCGGAUUUUCGGUGGCACUCAACCUCUCACACCUCUAACCUCACGUCAAAAUGAAGCACAUCGCAGCCUACCUGCUCCUCACCGUCGGCGGCAACUCGUCGCCGUCGGCCGCCGACGUCAAGGCUCUCCUUGACACCGUCGGUGUCGAGGCUGACUCUGACCGCCUCGAGAAGCUCAUCUCUGAGCUCGAGGGCAAGGACAUUGCCUCGCUCAUCUCCGAGGGCUCUGCCAAGCUCGCCUCCGUCCCCUCGGGCGGUGCGGGCGGUGCCGCCCCGGCCGCUGCUGCCUCGUCGGGCGGUGCCGCUGCCGCUGCCGACGCCCCGGCCGAGAAGGAGAAGGAGGAGGAGAAGGAGGAGUCCGACGACGACAUGGGCUUCGGUCUCUUCGACUAAGCGUCUCGCCAUCUCACGAUGUCGCGGCCAAAAGGCGUGUGCGGCG